CAUUCUUUGCUUUGAGCUUUUAAUUGCUGAGAAUAAAUAGCAAAUGUUUUCACGACAGCUGUGGUGUGGCGCUCUGUCGGGCAGGCUACAUAUAGAGCUUUAACGAGGUUAUCGUUCACUUGUUAUCUAUCUUUAUCAGUUUCCACAAUUUUUAUACCGCCAUUUCGUUCAACACAAACAGCAAAUUAAUUCGAGUAUACUAAUAGAAUCCGACCAUUAAAUUCUAAUUUUUAAAUAAAUGUAUUUAUGGUUUUACUGUUUCUUAUCACUUAGUAAUAACGUUAUUUCUACAGGGAAGCAGAACAAGGUCGGUGAUAACGGCUGUGCUGCAUCAUUAUUGACCUCUACACUGAGCUGCACAGUUGCUAAUCUUGAUGUGCGCAUGACACUUUACGUCUCCAUUAACAGUACUGAUCGUGCAUCUCUACUGAAGUAUAAGUUGAAGACCUGAAGACAUGAAGCUGUUAAAUACUAAUUGUUCGAACUCGGCCGCAAGCUUGUCGUCACCUGCAACCAGCACCUGCAGCAACUCCCCUCUCCGGACCCCGGACCAUCAAACUCUUCCUGCGUUUAUUGUGAAUAAAUCGUUUCUGGAAGAGCCUACUGACAUGAAUUUCUCUUUAGAAAACGUUGUCGACGAUGCUUGCAAUCAGAUAAAUUAUGGAAUCCCUUUUUCAUCCACCCUGAGCAAUUCAGAAGCUAAUGCUGGUCAAUUGCAAGAAGAAAUGGCGCUUCAAACGGGACUGUUCACGGGCUUCGAUACGUUCUGCUCAGCCAAUGAUGCCUUAAUUUCCUCCUCAUUCGACCCAGUCAAUGCUGGCUUAACUUCUCCUUCAUUCUGCUCAGUCAGUGCUGGCUUAAUUUCCUCCUCAUUUAACUCAGUUAGUGCUGGCUUAACUUCCCCUUCAUUCUGCUCAGUCAGUGCUGGCUUCCAACUUCCUCCACAGUCAACUUCCUCCACAUUCGACUCUGUCGGUGUUGGGUUAACUACCCAUUCAGUUUCAAAUUGUUUAUCAGAAUUUCCAGUCAAUUAUGACCAAGCAAACCAAGCCACUUCGAUUGACAAUCCUACGGCAGUCGAACCAUCAUAUCUCGAGCUAAAUUACGCGCCACCAGAUGGAAGUUCACACAAUGAAAGAUCAUCCUUUGGCGGUAGCUUCAGUCAAGAAGAUGGCGGACGUGACUUUGAUUGGCAGGUUUCCACACAACUGCGCAAGACUUUGGAAGAAAACUCUCAAAAUAAAUUUAAUGAUAUGGACAGACCUAUGGACCGAUCUGAAUUACCAUCUGCAGACGACAACUCUAUUUUCUUCAGUGGCAUCGAGGAAUUAGCUAAAACUAUUACUGAAAGCUGCCACGUGGGUGAAUUUGCACAUCAGCCUCAGUCAUUUAAUGACAAUUUUCAUCAAAGUUCAAACAAUCCACUCCAAUUUUCAGAGUUUCAAUUGGAAUCUCAGGUUAGCAAUAAUUGGGAACCAUAUUCAGCAAAUUCAAGUGCCUUUUCGCAGAAGGAUCUCCAAUCACUGGAUUAUUCGAAGAGUGAAAACGCUUGCCCUUCACUUAAUACAUCGUCCAACAUGGAGGUGCCAGUUCAACAAAUUACAAAACCCGAAAAUAGUUCAGCAAUUAUUAAUAUCGGAAAUAUUUCUCGAGAUCUCAUUGGAGAAACUGAGUCAGGCGAGAGCACCGAACGUUCACUAGAGAAUGCGAGUCCAGGCUUGACUACCAGCGACUCCUCGCCUCGCAACGAAUCGAGCGACGUAACCUCUGCAAGCAAGCCGCAUGUAAUGAAAUUGAAACGGUUCCCUGGAUCAAAAAAAUUUUAUGUAUCUUCUGAGUCUUCUUCGUCUGGUAACAAUUUGAUGCGUGCGUCAGAUGAUGAAGAUGACAUGCUACCAAUUGCGCCCAACCAGCUCCGCAAUGUUAAGUUGCAAAGUCAGACUUCCAGAUCCAAGAAAAGCGAUUCAUCUGAAAAAAUUGCCAAAUUAUCAUCCAACAACCGCACUAAUUCUAAAAUUUGUGGUGUUUGUGGCGAUGCUGCAAAAAGUAUGCAUUUCGGAGGGAUGGCAUGCGAUUCAUGCAAAGCCUUCUUUCGCAGGUCCGUCCAAGGGAAGUAUUGGAAAAAGUUUCGAUGUUCUGUCAAAAAAACAUGCAAUAUCAACCAGGCCACUCGAAGAAAUUGCCAGUAUUGCAGAUUUAUUUCUUGCCGUAAGAACGGGAUGAAGAUAUCUUGGGUAAUGACUGAAGAGGAGAGAUUGGUUUUGUGGAAGAAACGAGUAACUAAACACAGUCCGGAAGACACGGAGGACGAUGGCGCUUUCAGUCCCAGAACAUCGGAUAGCCCAAGCAGAGGGCGCCUCCGCUUGACCUCCAAAGGAGAUCAAACAGAUUCCGAUUCCGAGGACACCACGACGGGAAAACAACUCCGAUUGAACAGGAAGAAAGUCCAUAGAUGCAAGUGUAGCAAGCAGGACAUGAGCGAAAGUGUGGUGCCAUUGCCUCGCGCGAGUGUGGCUGUUUGCUUCUCAGGGGGUGGAAGAUUUAUUUUCGACAGGAAGAUAUUGGGAACCACCACCUCGACUUGCUCUGCCGAUCAUCCGCUCAGCCAGAACGAUGUAGAUACGAUGAAUAAAAUUCUUAAAUUGCAAAAUGAGAUUUUCUUCGGCCAUAAAUUUUCGAAAUCUUGUGAAGGAAACACUGCAGAGGCAAUGGGUCAUAUAUACCUCAGUCUGUGCCAGGCGUUGUGCUCAUUUUUACGCAGCAUUGAUGAUAUUUUCGCCAUUCCAGUUGAGGAUCGAUACGUGUUGUGGCAAAGUAACUUCAUCCCGGCACUCAUGAUACAUACCCUUUAUAUAUUCGAUGGGGAGAACCAAUCAUGGCCAAGAAAAACAUGUACCAAAACUCUGAAGGUACCAUUCAUCAGUGCUGAUUCUCUAAUGAAAUUCUUCAAUUCUGCAUAUGCCUUCGACAAAUUGAUGGCUUUCAACCUGACAUACAGUCAACACAUGCGCGACGAAGGGCUUCUUCCUCUCAUGACCAUCUUAGCGAUCACGCACGAAGAUGAUUCCCGUUAUCAGUUGAAGGACAAAUCGGCGGUGCUGAUGUGCAGGGAAAAGUACUUGCAGAUUUUAAUUCGUUAUCUACGUUACCGUCUUGGCGAAAGAGGUUCGGCAUUGAUUCUACCACAGCUGUUAUCUUGCCUGGAGGAGGCCAGAACGGUGGCCAUGAUAACUCGACUAGCGAGGGUUGCCACGAAUGCUCCGAAAGUGACUUAUCCAAAUCCUUCUAUUAAUGCAGCGGCAUCAAUGCAGGAGAUUAUACCACAAUCAUUUACGCAGGGUCCGUCAGUUUUGUCAGUGACGGAAAAUGCGACUGCUUCAAAUUACAACGUUGAAUACCAUGGCUCUCGAAGGCUUCAGCUCUCUCUCUCUGAAACGGAAAAAACAUCUGGGCAAAAAACCCUGGCUGCUUUUUCGCCACCUGCUCACACGAAGCGGACGAAGAAGCACAAAGAUGAGAAACAACUCUCAAUUUGCCAGAAGCAAUUAGGCAAUAAUAAUGGCGAAGUGAACGGCAUUCUUGAGUGUAAUCAAGAAGACGACCCUCAAGAAAUGGAUUGGCAGGUGGACGAGAGGUUGCAACCACGAAGUGCAGGAAGUUCUUCUUCCAAUGCAGACCGCGAUAACUUUGAUGGAAAUAAAGUACCUGCAUAUGCUAAGACCUUGUCGGAGGAAAAACAGUUGGGGAUCAAAGUUCUUUGCGAAAUGCUGCAACACGUUGUCCAGAGCGAUGACCCGGAAAUGACGAUAUCACUUCGAAAAUAUCUGCCUUCGCAGCUGUUGCAAAAAAUCUCUACUACCCAAGAGAAAUAGACAGAAGUGCACUGUACUUGUUUAAUGUAUGCAACACGAUGAGUAUUUUUAUAGCACCUAUUACAGAGAACGGCAUUAUGAUCAUGUAAUAUAACAGUUUUCAUACCAAGUGGCAUUCUUUUUCAGAAGCGGUUUACAAUGCUCAAGUUUACGCAGUUUUAUCGCUUAGUCAACACCUGUGACUUAUAGUAUUAUUGCACGUCUUGUCACAAUUUUAUUGUAAUUCUACUGGCCUGCCAUUAACUGUGGGUCUCAACAUAUGUACAAUAUACUCUUGCGGUCAGGUUACAUCGCGCUCCAUACAGAUGCUUGAUAUUUCGCUCUCCCUAAAAAUUGAACAGGCCAACUGGAAUGUUAAAAACGAAACUAUUCACAAUAAUGUUAGCGUCGUUCUUGCCCGUUUAGAAGAGCGGUGAAUUUUUACAGCAAUUUAUGUUUUUUCGAACCCGAAACUCAUCGUUAGAAUUUGAUUUUCCCAACCACUCGGCCAUUGUGCCGACUUCUAUCAGAAUUUUCGCAAAUAGCUGCAGAUUCGAACCAGUAGCUUAUUGCACCAUUUGUGGCGAUAUUCAACACUCUGUCAAAGCUACUCAUUUUCAUUGUUAGCUAUUUAAGGCUCAGUAAUUUUAGCAACAUAAGCCUUCUUCUUCACUCAAGUUUUAUGUAGUAUGUAGUGUCCUCUUUAUGAUGAAAUUUAGUUGUUUAAUGUUCAAAUUGUAAUCUGCUACUUUCAUUGCUUUAAAUCUAGGAAUAACUUUUGUAAUGUAAGCGAUAAGAUAAAAAUAAAGUGUAAAUGGAACUGAUUUGUCACUUUACCUCAGUCACAGGUAUCCCUGAGCAUUUAAUUUCUUUUUUAAUUAGUGGCAGGGCAAUAAUGUAGAUAGAUAAUUGUAUCGUAUAAUUGGGAUAUGUAUAAAUAAAUGAUAUUUAAAUGCCGCUGCGAAGUUAGAGACCCAGCGACGCGCGGAUGCGGCGCACCUGAAAACCCAAGACAAAAAUUUAACAUGGCUGAUAAAUAGCGGAGCAUAUCUAGUAUCAUUUACCCCGAUAAAUAGCAGAGUAUAUUUAGUAUUGUUUACCCCGAUAAAUAGCAAAGUAUAUCUAGUAUUGUUUACCCCGAUAAAUAGCAGAGUACAUCUAGUAUUGUUUACCCCAAUAAAUAGCAGAGUAUAUCUAGUAUUGUUUACUCCGAUAAAUAGCAGAUUAUAUCUGGUAUUUUUUUUAUCGAAUGAACAAUAAGAAAUCUUAUGAAGAGGGAAAUGCGCUUGAGAGAAGCAAUUGGACCAAGUUAUGCUUGCACAAUGACAUUGAAAACAGGAGUUCAGAGAAGAGACCUAGGACUGCAAAAUGAAUUACGGAGGAACUAAUGUGUUGAAAGGAAUUCUCGUGCAGGAAGCCUUCAAUGUGCAA